AUGAGUGCGAACACAAAGGCAUUGAAGCAAGAUAAGCUUAAAAAUAUGUUCCAAGAUGGUUCUUGCUUAGCUCAAUGUGAAUCAAGUCAAUCUAGUACGGUACCUAAGAUCGAUCAUAAUAUAGUAUACAUAUAUUUUGCUACUAAUUAUGGUACAAAUUCUUCGGUGUUCUACACUAACAAGUGGCACGUAGGAGGAUUCGGUGGAGGUGAAGUCUCAAGCAGUGAAUAUGGAGGAGGGCCUAGUGAACCAGGAGGUGGUGGUUAUGGAGAAGGACGUGCUCCGAGCAGAUAUGGGGGACCACCUAGUAGACCAGGUGAAGGAGAUGAUACACCACGUGGUGGAUAUGGAGGUCCUCAAGGACCAAGCAAAGGAGGUAGUGCUCCAGAAUGUGGAGGACCAGGUUGUGGAAUUGGGGGUGGACCAUAUGGCAGUGAUUGUUCUGGUGGAGGUCCUGAAGAGCCAGGUGAAGGAGGUGGUGCUCCAAGAGGAUGUGGAGGACCAAGUUGUGGAACUGAGGGUGGAUCAUAUGGAAGUGAUUGUCCUGGUGGAGGUCCUAAAGAACCAGGUGAAGGAGGUGGUGCUCCAGGAGGAUGUGGAGGACCAAGUUGUGGAACUGAGGGUGGACCAUAUGGCAGUGAUUGUCCUGGUGGAGGUCCUGAAGAACCAAGUGAAGGAGGUGGUGCUCCAAGAGGAUGUGGAGGACCAAGUUGUGGAACUGGGGGUGGACCAUAUGGCAGUGAUUGUCUUGGUGGAGGUCCUGAAAAACCAGGUGAAGGAGGUGGUGCUCCAGGAGGAUGUGUAGGACCAAGUUGUGGAAUCGGGGGUGGACCAUAUGAUAGUGGUCGUCCUGGUGGAGGUCCUAAAGAACCAGGUGAAGGAGGUGGUGCUCCAGGAGGAUGUGUAGGACCAAGUUGUGGAAUCGGGGGUGGACCAUAUGAUAGUGGUCGUCCUGGUGGAGGUCCUAAAGAACCAGGUGAAGGAGGUGGUGCUCCAGGAGGAUGUGUAGGACCAAGUUGUGGAAUCGGGGGUGGACCAUAUGAUAGUGGUCGUCCUGGUGGAGGUCCUAAAGAACCAGGUGAAGGAGGUGGUGCUCCAGGAGGAUGUGUAGGACCAAGUUGUGGAAUCGGGGGUGGACCAUAUGAUAGUGGUCGUCCUGGUGGAGGUCCUAAAGAACCAGGUGAAGGAGGUGGUGCUCCAGGAGGAUGUGUAGGACCAAGUUGUGGAAUCGGGGGUGGACCAUAUGAUAGUGGUCGUCCUGGUGGAGGUCCUAAAGAACCAGGUGAAGGAGGUGGUGCUCCAGGAGGAUGUGUAGGACCAAGUUGUGGAAUCGGGGGUGGACCAUAUGAUAGUGGUCGUCCUGGUGGAGGUCCUAAAGAACCAGGUGAAGGAGGUGGUGCUCCAGGAGGAUGUGUAGGACCAAGUUGUGGAAUCGGGGGUGGACCAUAUGAUAGUGGUCGUCCUGGUGGAGGUCCUAAAGAACCAGGUGAAGGAGGUGGUGCUCCAGGAGGAUGUGUAGGACCAAGUUGUGGAAUCGGGGGUGGACCAUAUGAUAGUGGUCGUCCUGGUGGAGGUCCUAAAGAACCAGGUGAAGGAGGUGGUGCUCCAGGAGGAUGUGUAGGACCAAGUUGUGGAAUCGGGGGUGGACCAUAUGAUAGUGGUCGUCCUGGUGGAGGUCCUAAAGAACCAGGUGAAGGAGGUGGUGCUCCAGGAGGAUGUGUAGGACCAAGUUGUGGAAUCGGGGGUGGACCAUAUGAUAGUGGUCGUCCUGGUGGAGGUCCUAAAGAACCAGGUGAAGGAGGUGGUGCUCCAGGAGGAUGUGUAGGACCAAGUUGUGGAAUCGGGGGUGGACCAUAUGAUAGUGGUCGUCCUGGUGGAGGUCCUAAAGAACCAGGUGAAGGAGGUGGUGCUCCAGGAGGAUGUGUAGGACCAAGUUGUGGAAUCGGGGGUGGACCAUAUGAUAGUGGUCGUCCUGGUGGAGGUCCUAAAGAACCAGGUGAAGGAGGUGGUGCUCCAGGAGGAUGUGUAGGACCAAGUUGUGGAAUCGGGGGUGGACCAUAUGAUAGUGGUCGUCCUGGUGGAGGUCCUAAAGAACCAGGUGAAGGAGGUGGUGCUCCAAGAGGAUGUGAAGGACCAGGUUGUGGAACUGGGGGUGGACCAUAUGGCAGUGGUUGUCCUAGUGGAGGUCCUGAAGAACCAGGUGAAGGAGGUGGUGCUCCAAGAGGAUGUGGAGGACCAGGUUGUAAAAUUGGGGGUGGACCGUAUGGUGGUGGUUAUUCUAGUGGAGGUCUUGGAGAACUAAGCAAAGGAGGUGGUGCUCAAGGAGGAUGUGGAGGACAAAGUGUAAGAACUCGAGGUGGACCAUAUGGCGGUGAUUAUCCUGGUGGAGGUCCUGGAGGACCAUGCGAAGGAAGUGGUGCUUCUGGAGGAUCACCUAGUGGACCAAUGGAAGGAGGUAGUGCUUCAGGUGGAUAUAGAGGACCACCUGGUGGUCCAAGCGAAGGAGGCGAUGUACCAGGUAGUGGAUAUGGAGAUUCUAGUGGUGCGAAGGGUGGACCAUAUGGUAGUCAUUAUCCUAGUGGAGUUUUUGGUGGCGACAACGGUGGUCCUGAAAGUAUCCGUUAUGAGGGUGUUCAUUCUAAUGGUUAG